AUGGCCCCCUCAACUGAGACUCCCUCGCCUAUUGGCAUUGCCAAUCUCCCCAACCAACGCCACAAGAUUGUCGCGAAGCGGGGAGCAGCUUUCACAAUUAUGGUUGCUGGCGAAUCCGGGUUGGGAAAGACUACCUUCAUCAACACCCUGUUCUCCACCACCAUCAAAAACUAUGCCGACCACAAGAAGCGACACGCCAAGCAGAUUGACAAGACCGUUGAGAUCGAGAUUACCAAGGCCGAGCUGGAAGAGAAGUUCUUCAAAGUCCGCCUUACCGUUAUCGACACCCCUGGAUUUGGUGACUACGUCAACAACCGCGAUUCGUGGCAACCCAUUAUUGAGUUCCUCGAUGACCAGCAUGAGUCGUAUAUGCUGCAGGAGCAACAACCCCGCCGAACGGACAAGAUCGACCUCCGUGUCCAUGCCUGCCUCUACUUCAUCCGCCCCACCGGCCACACCUUGAAGCCUCUUGAUAUCGAAGUCAUGAAGCGUCUGAGCUCCCGAGUCAACUUGAUUCCCGUUGUCGCCAAGGCUGACACCCUCAGCCCCGCUGACCUGGCUCGCUUCAAGCAGAGAGUUCGCGCCGUUAUUGAAGCCCAGGGUAUUAAGAUCUACCAGCCCCCGAUCGAGGAGGACGACGAGCAUGCCGCUGCCCACGCCCGCAGCUUGAUGACCGCCAUGCCUUUCGCCGUGAUUGGCUCCGAGAAGGAUGUUAAGAACAACGAGGGCAAGGUCGUCAAGGGCCGUCAAUAUGCCUGGGGUGUUGCCGAGGUUGAGAACGAGGACCACUGCGACUUCAAGAAGCUCCGCUCCAUUCUCAUCCGUACCCACAUGCUCGACCUCAUCCACACGACCGAAGAGUCUCACUACGAGGCUUACCGCGCCCAACAGAUGGAGACAAGGAAGUUUGGCGAAGCGCGCCCACGCAAGUUGGACAACCCCAAGUUCAAGGAAGAGGAAGAGACCCUUCGCAAGCGCUUCACAGAACAAGUCAAGGUCGAGGAACAGCGUUUCAGACAAUGGGAGCAGAAGCUUAUCGCGGAGCGCGACCGCCUCAACAAGGACUUGGAAGCUACCCACGCAGCUAUCAAAACCCUCGAGGGCGACUUGGAAACAAUGCAAGGUUCUACCCGGAGCCACGGUCGUCGUUAG